AUGUCUGAAAAUGAAUCGACCCAGAAUGUGGACAGUCAACAACAAGACCAUGAUCUUCAUUUCGAAGGCAAGAAAGAUAGUCCCUUAGAUAUGGGAGAUGGUCCAUUUUAUGCAUAUCCAUUGAUUAAACAACUUCCCACUGACCUUAUAUAUACAUGUUUUGAAGCUUACCAUGAGAACAUUUAUGUUGGAACAAUUACAGGUGAAUUGCUCCAUUAUUUUGAAUUGGAACCAUUCAAUUAUGUCCUCGUAUCUCGAACCAAAUUCAAUACCGAACUAGAUGAUCCGAUUACUAAGAUUAUAUUACUUCCAAUUGUUGAAAGAGCUUUGAUUCAGUCAAAGGAUCAACUGAAGUUGUAUCUAUUGCCUGAAUUCGCACCUGUUCCAAAUAUAAAGACUAUAGAAGGUGUUACUGACUUCACAGUCUUCGAAUUUUCAGAAACCCAUAGUGCUUACAAUGUCUAUAUUGCGAAGAAGGAUAAAAUAUUUUUAGCAAAUAUAUCAGGAACUGCUAUGACCAGAUUAAUGAGUUAUAAUUUUAAAGGUGUGGAUAAAAUAGAGGUCAAAGAUCAAUAUUUGAUGACUGUAAGAGAUAAAAUAUAUGAACUGAUUGAUUUAAGGGGCAAAUCGAGAGUUCCAUUAUUUUAUGUGACAGAGGGAGAGAAUAAACUACGUCCAAUUAUAGUGAAAUUUAGUGAAACAGAGUUCUUAAUGGCAUGCGGUUCUUCUCAAAAUGAGCAGGCAAUGGCGCUGAUUGUGAAUCAAUUAGGGGAUAUUACAAAGGGAACUGUUGUACUUGAACAUUAUCCGAAUAACGUUGUUGUGGAAUUGCCAUACAUAUUCGCAGAUUUUGGUGAAACUGGAACCUAUAUUUACAAAAUUCAACCCAAUUCGGAAAUAGGACUAAUACAAAAGAUAGCCUAUCGUUCUUUGGCUAUUGGAGUGGUCAAAUUAUCAAAAUCAUUUGAUAUACCGAACUCAAUUUAUAGAGAUCAAGUUGUUGAGAAGUUGCGACUGGUCCCAUUGGUUUCUGUGAAUCCUGAAUUUAGAAUGGAAAAUGAAAAAAUAUACAUGGCUAAAAUUUUUAAAGAAACAACCUCGUUAGCGCUAUUUGAUUCGUGUGGAUUACAUUUAUUACAACUGAAGCCGGAAAUAUUGCAAUUUGAUAGUUUCGAUGAAGGAUCUAUGAAAUCAAUCGCCUCGUUUUUGAGAAAUUAUGUUGUGGGAUCAAAGUAUCAAGAAGUCGAAAAAUCAUAUCUCGAAACAAUGUUACUCUUAUUAGAAAUGCUUCAUUGUGAUGCUAUAACUACUGGCUUAGCAGUUAGGUGGUGUGAAUUUGUUGAAUAUGUUGAUAUGCGAUUAUUCUUAUACGUGAACGGGUUUAGGAUCUAUGGGGAUCUUUGGAUUAACAAAGGUCUUAACAACUUAGUGGCUGAAAUGGUGAAAUUAAAAUUGAUUAAUAAAUUUGAAAAUUCAAUUAGCGUACUUAGAAAAGUUUAUCAGGAAUUAAAGAAUAAAUAUGCGAACGGUAUAAAAGACGCUGAAAACAUUUUGCUUUCAUUCGAUAUGAUAUUCUUAGCUGAUGAUUUAAAACAUGAUAAAGAAAUACUUAUCGAUACCUUUAAUGAAGGUAGUCUAUCAACAAUCGCAGAGUUUUUGGAGUUAGAUACAAGAAACCAUUCCAAAACUCUGCUUGAAAUUUACAAAAAGCUUGGUUCUUUACAUCAAUGUUUGGAUAUAUACAGAAAUAAUGGAGAUGAGCUGGAUACUGUUCGAUUCAUAUUUGAGAAUUUUAAGAACCUUCAGCGAAAUAGGGAGUAUAAAGAAGUGGGAUUGAAAACUGAUAUUAUUAAUAUACUAAAUACUGAUAUGGAUGAUAACAAACAGAAGAAAGUGAUGGACUUUUUAAUCAAGGUUUUUGAGUUAGGAAAAAUUGAUCCUAAAUCCUUAAUUCGUGAAGUCUCAAACGGGCAUACCAAAGUUACAAUUCUUGAAAAGAUAGGUGCAACUGAUGCAACUGAUGCCGCCUUUUUAUUGGAUUAUUAUAUUGCGCAACUUCAAGAGUGUAUGGCAGAAAAUGAUCUAUGGAAUGAUCUUGCAAUCAUGACUACAAGUUAUUCUCAAGAAUUAAACUAUCUGAAACCGACAAUUGCAGUAUAUUUGGAAACUAAAUUGAAGUAUGACCCCAAAUUUAUGAAAUUUAUGAGUUUAAGGGAAAAGAUAAUUAAUCUAUCAUAUGAUAAAGAUACCACUUAUGACAAGCUUUCGGCCAUUGAUAUCAGUAACAUAUUGAUUCUUUUAUUUUUUACAUUCGAAGACUUGAAACCGCAUAUAUCUAAUGAGGAUAUGUUAAAAUUGUUUUUAACAUUAAAUGAUUUUGUAGCCGUCGAAUCCCUCGUUUCUGAGGAUAAUUUCGUAUUUAUUAUGCAUUCUUACUUGGAAAUCUCAACAGAUGGGUCGAUAUUGCGUAAGUACUUGGAAAGAAAGAUAAAAAGCAUAACCAAUUCAACAAUUUUAACCGAAAUAAUUUUACUAAUACCUCAGGAUUAUCAAUUUGAAUCGUUUUUCGAAAUCAUAUUUCCUAUCUUUAGAAAAUACCAUCAAAAAACAACGCAGCAGGAGAUUAAAAAAUCGCUAUUAAAACAUAAUAUUAAUGAGAUUGAAAAUAUCAUCAAGAAACUAAAAUCAGCUCAAGAGAGUUAG